AUAUAUAAUCAGUGAAUGGAAGCAACACUAUAAAAUGACUGUAACUGAGAGCAAGCGACAGAGAAAUAUGCACAAAAACAUUCAUAUUGCAGUGAUCACUCUGCUGGCAUUUGUAGCCAUAAACGAAGGUGACCAUUUAUUUAUGACUUUAUGUUUUCAUAUUCGUAUCUGUCAAAUCAUUCUAAGUAUUUUUUUUAUCAGAUUUCAAUGUUUAUUUCAUCAAUAACUUGUAAACACAUUGCAAUUGUAUAAGUCUAACAGAUGAGAAAUAUUUGAAAUCUUCUCUCUCUCUCUCUCAAAUGUGUGUAAACUGUUUGUCCAUUUAACAUGUCUUGAUUGUCGUUUACUGCGUCAAAUUUUCCAGGAAAUUCAUUGAAAAUCAAAAAAAUCAAUCAAUUGUUAAAAUCAACUGAAAGUAAGCCAGUUUAGCAAUGCUUAAACAUUUUUUUCAUCUCAAUGUAGGUUACACGAAGUUUUCAAUGUUGUAGUAUAAGAUGACAACCACAAAAAUGUUUAUCUCAAGUGUAUAUUGUCAUUAUUCGAUUUUUUUAAUAUUCUCUUCGCUUCUGAAUGGAAAAUUGAAUUAAAACAUGAAAUCAUCACCUUUUCCCAUGGUAUGUGGUCCUAUUCAGCCAGCUAAACUCCCGCCUCCUCCUCUCAUGAUCUUCUCAGUGUCAUUGUACGACUUACGCACAACCCGUCAAUUCCAAUUCACCUUCCACUCGAGUGAUGCCUGUCGCGUGAUGUAAUUCAGCGAUCUCCCUAGCACAUGCGCAACCCAUCUCUAUUAUCUUCGGCGUAUUUGGUGGGCAAUAGUUUGUAGGUUGGUUCGUCACCUGAGUUUCUCGUUUCCAAUUCAUUCCAUCUAACCUUCUGAUCUUAACUAAGGAGAAAGAGAAGCCACCUGUUGCUAAGAGUCUAAAACAGAAUGUCUGAGAUUUUUCCCAUGACGCGCUGUGCAACUAUCUUACUCAUAUAGAAGCAGUGAUCGACCUAACAUCGGUGCUGAAAAUCUGAGUAGUGUUUCUAAUGCUGAGUGCAGUGAACACGAUCUCCAAACUAAUUUCGGAGUGAUGAAGCUCCGGAUUGCAUGCCUGAUCAUGUGUGAACGCUUCCGCUGUCCAUCUGCAGUAGAGGCGACUAUGCACGGAUGAAUGGCAGAAGCAACGAAUUUCCCAUUUAUUCCUUUCAUAAUGAUUGUUGCAUGUUAGUGGUGUUUCUGUUGUUAGUUGGUUGUUUGGUUGGUUAUUACCAUCACGUCAUUCUUCUCUGUGUUCACUUGGAGUCCCAUCUUCGGUACCUGCCUCUUCUGACAAGUUGUUGGUUGUCGUGUGUAAGUCUUCCACUCGGUGUCACAUUAAAUAUAGAUAGGCCAUCUUUGGUUUGGUGUAUUCGUGUGUUCGCAUUCUCCACGAAUGGUGUUCUGCAUAAUCCAUUCCAGCAGAAUUAGUAAUCUCAUUGAUGACAGUAGACAGCAUUGGGUAACUCCUGUUUUCACUUCAAAUUCUCCAGUGAGUUUUGUAUGUUAUGGAUCACCUGACACUUGGCUUUGUGGUUUAGCUGCUGAAAAUAGUUGAGAAAGAUUUUGAGUACAUCAUAUUGUUGAAUUAAUUUCCAUAUCACUACUCAAUCAACGUUCUCCUCCACGUAGGUCAAAAUGAUAAAUACAUAUAUUUGGGGAAUCUAUCAAAAAUUAUGCAUAUUUUUCAAGCGGUUUUUCCCUGUAAUUUACUCCUUUGAAUUUCAGAUACUUCAAUCGUCUGCAACACUGAUCAUGUUUAUUAAUUCAAUAAAAUUGUCUUCUUUUCAUAGGCAAAAUACCGUGGUUUUCUAAUCAAGUGAAGAGUAAUAUGAAGAAAGUUCAAACGUUAGUAGGUACGUUCGUGUUUGUUUUUCUGUUUUUUUUUGUGCUUUCAUUGAUGACUAAUUCGAUGACUUCGACACUCAUGCCAUUAUCAAAUGAUUCCUGGGUUUAUUAGUUAUCUUACAGGCAUAGAAAUGUUUGAAUUCAAUUGGUGUAACCAUUUACACCGACGACUAUUAAUUAUUGGUUGUGAGAAACACGACUGUGGAUAUCACAUGGUCUAUUGAACAAUGUAAACGUUGGCAAUAUAAGCGAUUCUUGUUUGUUAUCUUCUUCAAUAGCGGUUGAGUCAUUUCAAUUAGGCUAUUAUUGCCUUGUGACACUGUGGACAUAUGGUGACUUGACAAACGCUUUAACAAUUCUGCAUGGCUGAUUGAACUUAAGAGAGUAAGUAAGUGACUAGUAUCAUAUUUCCAGUCCUCGAGGUUGAAUGGUACAGAAUGAAUUCUGUCAUCCAUAUUAGUAAUAUGGUCACCAUAUGCUAGAUGGUUCACUAUCACGAUUUAAUCAUUGAAAAUGUUAUACAACACAGUAGGAUUAUUCUACUUGAUAUAACAGAUAUUGAUCCAAUAUUAUCUAUUUACUGAUUGUGUUUUGAGUGCAAUUCAUUAUUCAUAAUCACAAACCUGCUAACUAUAAAGCAAAGAGAUGUUUAUGCUUUUACAUAAAAACAGUUCACUGGUUCAAUGAAAUGAAACUUUGAGUUUAGCGAAGAGUCUCUUUUCGGCGAAUUCACUUCCUCAGCUGUACAAUCAAAAGGUUUUCAAGAGAAAUUUAACAAGGGAUAUUCUCAGAGCAGGGUCAAAUCAUCUCUGAGAAGAACAUUUUUUAUAGCAACGCGAAGAAUAGUGUUCUCCAGUCGCCCACUGAUCUCCAGAAGCCUCAAGGACAAAAUCCCGCAUCUGACCACUUCGAUGUGCAUAUAUCAGUUCACCUGCUGCUGUGAAGCCAAGUACAUCGGCUAUUCGACGCGCACCCUGUCCAAGAGGAUUCAAGAGCAUUAUCCAGCCAGCAUGGUUGUGAGAAGGCGAUAGUGUGCAAUAAUGAGUGCGAUAAUUGAACACCUGGUUAACUCUGAUCAUUCCACCUCAACAAACGUCUCUUUCAACGUAACCUACAGAGUCAAGAAUAACCUGCCUAUGGUAAUACGGUUUCCUCUUCUCUGUAUCACUGAACCUCUAGCCGUUCACAUAGAACAGCGGGAGCUGUGCAUACAAAAGACGAUUACUCCACCACUUCUUCUGUCAUUGUAACGACUUUAUUGAUUUUGAUGACUUAAUUUUGUUUUUUUCGCCUGCUCACUAAUUGCUUAUAAUUCUUAUAUUCAUUUAGAACCCUUACAUAAUUUCGUCUUCUCCACUUUGUUCCUGUGUGUAUCCUGAGUGAACCUCAAUCAUCAAACUAUUCAAACUUUUCUUUUUAGUAAUUGUUUGUGACAACACAUCAACUUCUUCACUUCCCUAAUUUCACUAACACCUAAUAUUUUAACUGAUUUUGUAUUACGUAACUCCAAUUACCAAUCUUCACCUGUUUAGUUAAAAUAACCAUAACCGAUUAUAUCUUUGUUUGAUGAACUUGAUGUUCACAUGCAUACAAAAUAACACAUAUAUAUAUAUAUUUGCUAUUGUACAGCUAGGAAAUGGAUUCGCCGCCGAAAAGAGACUCUUAGCUGGACUAAGUGUUUUUUUCCAUCAAUGCUUGGAUGGGGAUUAUCCAUGAGUUCAGUGGAUCAGCUGUCAUCUUCACCGCAUGAGAAAAUGUCUGACUCACCUAUUUAUAUAUCUGAUUUCAAAAUUCAUCUAAUAUUUAUAAUAGUAAAUGCCAUACAUCUGCAUUUGUGAUAUGAGUAUCAAUCUUAUGGAUACUUCUUCAGUUCUUAAGGAAGUGAUGCGUCAAACGAUUGUAGGAAACACAAGAGAAAAGUAUAGCACAUAUGAGCUGAUGAAUGAGACAUUUUCAUAAUAUAUGAUUGUCGAAGAUCAUACAGUUGAAUGCCUUCAUACAAAUGAUCUCCUCGCUUCUCAUUCUCUUCUUGUUCUUGUCGUUCUUUUUCUUCAAGAUAAAUUCGAGAGGAAAAAGAAGAAAAUUGGCAAAUAUGUCACCUGUAUUCGAGACGAAUACAAAUACAAACAUAGAAAGGAAUUCGACCAAAUUGUAUUUAAAACUCUAAAGAGUGUAUACAAGAAUGAGAAAUCUCUUUACGACUGUGUAAAGGCAGAAGCUAAUGAGUACAAAAAUAAAGGGGUGAACUUCACUGCCGAAGAAUGUAAAAAAUAUCUGGUGGGAGUGAACGAUUCAGAUUUACUCAAAAUGAGUAAACUUUUAGAUAAAGAAUAUCUGUACAGGGCAAAGUUUGCUGCUUCAAUCUAUUUGGAAGGUAUUCACAAAAUUGCAAUCAAGAAUUUGAAGCAAGUAAAGAAAAGCACCUUGAAGAAUAGAGUCGACGUCUUCAUCGCACCUGCCAUCAAACCAUAAAUCAUUCGUGGUAAUGAAGACAUACAAAAUGAGACGGUUUUCAUGAAUGUUUUUCACAUAAACAUAUUUGUUUAAUCAUCUUCUGUUGAAUAGUUUUCAUUGUUCCUAGAAACUUGAUUCCUAUGCUUUCCUGCUUUUAAAAAAAACAUUUACUAUGACUAGUUGAUGAUAAACUUUGUCCCAUUCCAUCGCUGUUUCUUUAUUAAAUAAAAGUUAAUUAAUGAAAUAGUGAAAUAAA